AUGGAGAUUCCAGAGCUCAGAGCAUUCGACCACGAACUCCUGCUAUCCACUCCACUCAGCCAACUGCGCCAGGAGGACUACCAUCUAGGAACCCACCCACCAACCAAACAGAAUCCACAAACAGCACCAGCACCAGCGGGCGGUGAUAUCGUAUGGCGCGACUUGUACGAGGAUAAUACGCAACCAACAGAACCCAGACAAAACAUAUUCAGCUGGGACUCUUUCGAUCGUCCGAUCUGCUCUCAAUUAUCUCUCAAUUAUCAGACCCCGUACCCAGUCGAAGAAUCCAUUCCAGUUUGGGAAGCCAUUCUACCUGCCAGUCAACUCAACCUUUCAUCUCCGAUCGACCGUACAACAUUCGUCACCCACUUCUUCCGUCGAUCGAUCGGAUUCAAGACACCCGCCCGAUCCACCCGCAAUGAGCUGCAGCCGAGACCAGAGAGCAACCUAUAUCCACGAGUAUGUGGGCAAACCGAUAGCGCAACGCGCUCACUCUACGAUCUCUCCGAGUCUGCGUACACCAACCUCUGCUCGAUCGAGAGCUUCAUCAACCACACCCACCAUCCCUACCAUCCCCACCAGUCCCUCGGCUCCGGCCUAGCCGUCCUAGUGGAUUGGAUCCGCGCUGAGAUCAUGGACUGUUUCGAGCACGAAUCGGCGCUCGACUCCGGGCUGCUCACCGCCAGCCUGAUGAUCGAACCGCUCUUCGAGCUCCUCGAAGCGCUCGCAACCCUCAUCCAAAGCUGCCAGGAAGGCACAAAGAAAUCCAGCCAGGAAGACGCGGUCUAUCGCCACCUAGACAUCCACAUCCGCCAACGUUCCUCAAGCUUGAUUCAGGCCGUCUUCAGCUGGCUGCUAGACAGGGUGUGUGCGGCUCUCCUGCUCAGCUGGCAGACGUGGCUGGGUGUCGAUCUGGGCGGCCGACGAAGCAUUUGGCCAGACGAAAAGGACCAGCUCUACCAAUCCCUUUGGAGCCAAUACGGCAUUCAACCAGACCCACGACUGUCAGUCGAUCCUCAUCUCGACCUUGCUGGCGACUAUCUGGAUCAAACUGAGGCCAGAACACCUUCUUCAUAUUGCUUCCGUCCUGAUCGCGUCCCAAGUUUUAUCCCGAUAUCUCUGGCCGAGUCAAUUUUCAAGGCUGGCGUAUCGUUGAGAAUCCUGCGACGCUCGAACCCGUUUCAUCCGAUCUGUCUCACGUAUCCUGCCGAAGAACAUGGCCAGUCUCGGUGGGUAUGGACCCCUACGGAACUAGAAAAAGUCUUUAAAGCAUUUAACAGACAGAGGCACGACAUGAAACUUCAAAUAUCUGCGUGGAGACAUGGAAUCAAGCUCUCAGAUGAUCCAUUGGCUACGAUCCGAAGAUCCAAGGGAGUGUCACUCCCUACCAUGCAGGAUAUUGAACAAGAGCUUGACAUAGGCGACUUCCUCAAGGCCAUCAGCACUGGUUUGAAGCCCUAUGACAACCAAGUGGGCGGAUCAAGACACAUCGACCAGCGUCGGAAAGGCCUGAUCGAGACUGUUGAAGAGCGUCUGAGAUCUUGCCGGGUCGACAGAGCUGGGCUGCUCGAGCCCAUGGAACUUCCCUCUCUAGAUCUGCUGACGGAGGUAACGGUAAUCGAGUCACUCCGAUCUCGGUCCCUGGAGAUCGAUCGAUGUCUGCUGUCAUUCUUCCUGAUUGAUCUCGACUUCCUCGACCAUCUCAAGAUUCUCAACCAGUUCAUGUUUUGCCACGAUGUGAUGUUCAACCAGCGGCUCACCAACGCGCUGUUUAGCAGCAGCCCUGGUGAGGAUUCGUCGCAGAGGACCGGUCGGCACACGGUGGGAGUGAGUGGACGACUGUUGCGUCGAGGCACCUGGCCACCUGGCGGCUUCGAUCUUUCGUUUGCGCUGCGGACGGUGAUUCUGGACUCAGUUGCGCCGGACCAACGGCCGGCAGGGUACCGGGCAAGCAGCGCCUGGGCGACGCUGGAGGAUCGACUGUCGUUUGCGAUCCGGCCGGGGAUCGAGGACUCGGCGGCGGGAGAGAGAGGAUACAGGGCCAACACGAUCGAUGGCUUCGGCUUCCUGAUGAUUGACUUCAAGCCCCCCGAGGCCCUCCGCUCGGUGCUCGGCGCCGACGUCUUGGAACAGUACCGGGUCAUCAAUACGUAUCUCAUGAAGCUCUUGAGGCUACAGGCAAUGAUGAAAGCCAACUGGACUCUCCUCCGUCCUCGGCGCCAGUACGGCCUGCCUGGCGCCGGCCGAAAACGGGGGCCGAGCCGGAGGGAGGACUACAUCGAUGCGGUCGAUCUGCUUGCCUCCCAUUCCCAACGCCUGCUCGAUGGACUGGUCUCCUACGCUUGGGAGAUCGCCAUCGGGAGCACCUGGGCGGGGUUUAUCGGGCAAAUCGAGCGGGUCAAGGAGGCCAUUGAGGGGCACGAACGGUGGACGAUCUCGGAGGAGAAGGAAGGAAGGUCUUCUGGUGUCCGAGAGCCCCCGGGGACGCAGACGAUCGAGUCGGUCGAGCAGCUCAACAGACUCCAUCGACUGACGCUGACAGAGAUGAUGAACCGGCUCUUGCUGCGCUCCAAACAGGAGAGCUAUCUGAGUCUGCUGAGCCGGUCGAUCUUCGACACGAUCAUCCAACUCUCGAUCCAUCUCGACGAGCAUUAUUCUAUGGUAUGUUCCGCGCCCGAAGACGAGAUCGCAGAGGGGCAGAUGGAAAGCUUGAUCGAGGCCGUCCAGAGGAUCAAGACCCACCAGUUCGGUGGCACCCAGAAACUGCUCAGAUCGUUGGACCAGCUCCACCGAAGGUCCGUCGACCUCUGUCUCCACUCUCAAACCUCGGCGUCCGGUAAUGAGGCCGGGGGAGGACGGAAGAUCGGGUUCCUUAUCCAGCUAAUCCUGCGCUUGGAUUUCAAUGCGUUCUUCUUUGAUUCCUCUGCCCCUUCUUUCCAAAGCGAUUGA